GUCAUCCUAUCGCUCCCUCUGAAGUAGUCAUCGGCCUGGCCCUGCCAAUGCGGAGCGAGCAGGGAGGCGGGCCUUGCCUGCUGUCAGGGUUGGGUGCGCCACUGAACGGAUGGCAGGGGGAGCCGAGUGGAUUCCUGAAGAGCAUCCGCCGGCUAUUUGAAUAUCAUCAGUUACCACCCGUUGAUGUCAAGAUGACUAAGCUUGGAUUUUUGCGGUUGUCCUAUGAGAAGCAGGACACACUUCUGAAGCUUCUCAUCCUGUCGAUGGCUGCUGUGCUGUCAUUUUCUACUCGUCUCUUUGCUGUCCUGAGAUUUGAAAGCGUUAUUCAUGAGUUUGAUCCGUACUUUAAUUAUCGGACUACCCGGUUUCUGGCUGAGGAAGGGUUUUAUAAAUUUCAUAACUGGUUUGAUGACCGGGCCUGGUACCCCUUGGGUCGAAUCAUUGGAGGAACAAUUUAUCCAGGCUUAAUGAUCACCUCUGCUGCAAUCUACCACGUACUCCAUUUUUUCCAUAUCACCAUUGACAUUCGGAACGUCUGUGUUUUCUUGGCCCCUCUCUUCUCCUCCUUCACCACCAUCGUUACAUACCACCUUACCAAAGAGCUCAAGGUAAAGGAUUUGAGUGACAGGAAGCUUGGGAGUGAAUUGUUAGGGAGGUACCUGAGAGGUGAUAAACUAGUAGGAAGGCUUGAGAAGCCAGGUGCAGCUGGGAAGACUGAAAGACCUGUGUUAGUGCGGCUUCUGAAUGUCUUGUUUUCUUCAGGAAUUGCUAUCUUUUGCAUGCUGCUUACUUACUACAUGUGGAUCAAGGCAGUGAAGACUGGUUCCAUCUACUGGGCUGCCAAGUGUGCCCUUGCUUAUUUUUACAUGGUCUCUUCGUGGGGAGGUUAUGUGUUCCUGAUCAACUUGAUCCCUCUUCAUGUCCUGGUGCUAAUGUUAACAGGCCGUUUUUCUCACCGGAUCUAUGUAGCCUACUGUACUGUUUACUGCCUGGGCACCAUUCUUUCUAUGCAGAUCUCCUUUGUGGGCUUCCAGCCUGUCCUUUCAUCAGAACACAUGGCAGCCUUUGGAGUGUUUGGUCUCUGUCAGAUCCAUGCCUUCGUAGAUUACCUGCGCAGCAAACUGAAUCCACAGCAAUUUGAAGUUCUUUUCCGAAGUGUCAUCUCCCUGGUUGGCUUUGUCCUCCUCACCGUGGGUGCACUCCUCAUGCUGACAGGAAAGAUUUCUCCCUGGACAGGGCGUUUCUACUCACUGCUGGAUCCUUCUUAUGCUAAAAACAACAUCCCCAUCAUUGCAUCUGUGUCUGAGCACCAGCCCACAACCUGGUCCUCCUACUAUUUUGAUCUGCAGCUCCUUGUCUUCAUGUUUCCAGUUGGCCUCUAUUACUGCUUUAGUAACCUGUCUGAUGCCCGGAUUUUCAUCAUCAUGUAUGGUGUGACCAGCAUGUACUUUUCAGCUGUAAUGGUGCGUCUAAUGCUGGUGUUGGCACCUGUUAUGUGCAUUCUUUCUGGCAUUGGUGUCUCCCAGGUGCUGUCCACAUAUAUGAAGAAUUUGGAUAUAAGUCGCCCAGACAAGAAGAGCAAGAAGCAACAGGAUUCUACUUAUCCUAUUAAGAAUGAGGUGGCAAGUGGAAUGAUACUGGUCAUGGCCUUUUUUCUUAUCACCUAUACUUUCCACUCAACUUGGGUAACCAGUGAAGCCUACUCUUCUCCCUCCAUUGUACUGUCUGCUCGUGGUGGGGAUGGCAGUCGCAUCAUUUUUGAUGACUUCCGAGAAGCAUAUUAUUGGCUUCGUCACAAUACUCCAGAGGUAAAAAUUAAAAAAGAAAAAGAAAUAGUGAUAUUUUCAUUGAGUUUCUUAGAUCCUGCAGCUUUUCUGAUUCAGCGAUAUUUCCUUUUUCCUCUAGAUAUCAACAAGUUUCUUUGGAUGGUCCGGAUUGGGGGAAGCACAGAUACAGGAAGACAUAUCAAGGAGAAUGACUACUAUACUCCAACAGGGGAGUUCCGUGUGGAUCGUGAAGGUUCUCCAGUGCUGCUCAACUGCCUUAUGUACAAAAUGUGUUACUACCGCUUUGGACAAGUCUACACAGAAGCCAAGCGUCCACCAGGCUUUGACCGUGUUCGAAAUGCUGAGAUUGGUAAUAAAGACUUUGAGCUUGAUGUCCUGGAGGAAGCAUAUACUACAGAACAUUGGCUGGUCAGGAUAUACAAGGUAAAGGACCUGGAUAAUCGAGGUUUGUCAAGGACAUAAAUGCCACAUUGUGCCCUGGUACGCUUCGCACUGAGCGCGUCAUAUUGAGGACGCCGAAGAUUUUUUUUUAUAAACAGUUUCUAAGAACAGAACCAGAUGGGAUUAGAAUUGUCUGGAAGUUUUGUCCUGGACAGUAUGGGCUGGGCCAAAUCAAAUGAUUUUUGUAAUUCUGAGCAGGUUACCAAAUGAAAUGUCAUGGCUUUACUUUGGUCAAUUAAAGGGGGGUAUUUUUUUUUUAAUGUGCCUUAUUUGUUUUGACUUAAAUCGGCUGAUUUGAGGAUCACAGAAGGGAGUGGAUGGAAGAUCAUAUCCAUGCUCUAGGUCCCCAGACAAACCAAAUAGGAACAUUUUCUUUCUCUGUCCUAAGGACUAGCUCUGGUUCUACAAAUAUAAAAACUUUGUCACACUUUUUGUUUUGUAGCACCCAGAUCCAAUGCUUUGCAUAUAACGGGUGCUUAAUAAAUUUUUAUCAACUGAAUAAAUGCUUCUGGGACCAGA